GUGCAAGUAAACACAUUAACCCAAAGCUGUUCCCCAAAACAGUCUGAUAGGAGUAGUGUUGCAAGAAUAAGCGGGAGACGUUAAAUGCGUUUUAAUACCUUGCUUGCUCUUGGCUAACACUUGAAGCGAGCAUUUUAUUUUGUGUACCACUUGUGAUCACUGGCGUAUGUUUGUUUUUAUUUAUGACCGACUCGUUUGGAGCGCUACGACAAGCCACUGAAUGUGGUGCUAGCACUCAAAUUGAGAAUAAUUUUGCAGUCAGUCAAUCACAUUCAUUCGUCCGCUAAGGUGUUUUCAAGUGCGCGCGGUACAACUCGUUCUUUAACGUCGCGCGAUACCAGUGAAACCAAGUGUAAAACAAUAACAACAACUACAAAGCAAAUUUGAUUAAUUAUCGAAAAGGUGCUUCGGGGCAAUUGGUAAAGAUUCAUUAAAAUUAUGGCACCAAUAAAGGCUUUAAAUACCGAAGAAUUGUUAUUUGAGGAGAAAACAUUGUACCAACCACCUUUGGAGGAAUUGCGAGAAGUAAUACAGUCAACCCUCGCUAAAAACUUUGAAAAUGUUUCGGUGGAAGUCACAGCUUGUCCAGAUUUAAAAUCUGCCGAAUAUGGUCUUAUGGAUUCAGGUUUGGGCGGUUCGCCGAUGUUGUUGGAAGUUGGAGGUCCUCCAUAUUUACUGCCCUUGGUGCAACGUGACAAAUUGUAUAAUGUAAAGGAAAUCUGUCAGAAAUCAAUGAAUGGCGGAAACAUUUUGGCAGUUGGUGCUGGCGCCGGCCCACAUCCCUUGCGUAGCUCUAAUUGCGAGGGUAUUUACAAUAUGAGCAUAUCGUCCGAUGGUCAACUUAAAAAUGGCAGCUAUACAGCGAAAGUAUCCGGUUUGGAAGAGUCAUGUGUUUUGGAAUCUAUACCCGACACUGAACCACGAUGCGCUUUACUCUUAAAUCUUUUUGUUUGUCGCGGUGAACCUGGCUCCGUGAUAAAAAUAACAUGCAAAAAACGCACUGGGCAUUUAAAUUUCAUUGAAUGUAUACGCCAGGGUCUAUUGCAGAAAUAUGGAGAGAAAUGUGUGGGUAUGGGUGGCAUAUUUAAAAUUAACCAAGGUAAAGCUUAUCAGCAUGUCAUGAGGGAUUUCAGUAAAACUCCCAUAAACAACGAGAAGGAGCUCAAUCAAUGGCUAAAGUUUUUUGAAAUGCCAGCGACAUUAAAUGCCUUGGGUGUACUGAUAACUCAUGAAAAUGAUUUGGAUUUACGUUUACAACAUUUUCAUUCAUUCUCCACCUCGAAUUGGGGUGGUCACUAUCAUUACGAUACCACACCUGAGACAGUGGAAUAUGAGGCCUACUUCAAUGUGGCCGAACGUAUAGUACGAGUGGAUAAACCGUUGGAGACACAUAAAUUCGGAAGAGAUUAAUACCUCGUGCUGCAUGGAUGGAUAAAUGGACAAGGUGCUGGACUAUUUGUUGUCCACCAAAAAUUGUUGGCUGCUAUUGCUGUUCCCGCAAUUUUUAUGAUUUCCUUUUAUGGUUUGUGUGUAGAUAUUUUCACCAAUAAAUUGUGUAUUUACGAUUUUUCUAACGAUGCCACCGCAAGGAGGUUA